GAAACUGUUGGGUGUCACUUGGUCACUAUUCAUAAUAUUGCAUAUCAACUAAGAUUAAUGAGAAAUAUUAGGCAGGCUAUCAUAGAGGAUAGAUUUCCAUCGUUUGUAAAGCAAACCUUUAAAGAUUUGUUUGGUAGUGAAGAAAAAUAUCCUGUAUGGGCCGUUAAAGCUUUAAAGAGCGUUAACAUCGAUUUGUUGUCUGAAAAAUAA